AGUCUUGAUUUAAUUUUUGACAGUCGGCAUGAAGCUUCAAGUUGUAUUGAUCUUUUGUAUGGCAAUAAGUGCCACAUUCGCACGGGAUAUUUCAAGAAGAAUUGUUAAUGGUGAGAAUGCUGACAUUGCUGAUUUUCCACACGCUUUGGCAUUAUUCGAUAGUGGACGAUUUUUCUGUGGUGCUUCUGUGAUUUCAAGAUACUGGGCAUUGACUGCAGCUCAUUGUUUGGACAGAAACACAGCACCAAGUCUCAUCAACCUCUACGGAAAUUCAACAAAUAGACUUACAGGCGGAAUUCUAUUCUUCGUUCAACGAUACGUUAAUCAUCCACAAUAUCGUACCAUAAGAUUGAGCACAGGCCAAGUAAUUUGGGAUUAUGAUGUCAGCGUGAUUGAAGUUGAUCAUGCCAAUCCUUUAGAUGCUCUUUUCGUACGUCCUACAAUUUUACCAGCAUCAUGCUCAUCUGCUUGUUGCGGAGCAUGUGAAGGCACAGUCAUAACACUCGCUGGCUGGGGUCGCACAGAACUUGGAAUACUUCCAGUUAAUCUACAAAUGUUGAAUCAAACAAUUGUAAAUCAUACAGGUUGUGGUCCAUUCUGGGAAAAUGAGAUUACAGACAGGAUGUUCUGUGUUACUGCUGAUUUUUAUGAUAGCUGUGAUGGCGAUAGUGGAUCUGGAAUUUUAUUGACUGAUCGUGUUAGUCAAAUUGGAUAUGUCAGCUUUGGAUCAAUCCGAUGUGGCGAUAACUCAGCCCCAGCCGUUUACGGAAGAUUGGAACAUCCUUCAAUUCGUGAAUUUGUUAGAUCAACAACUGGCUUGUAA